GUCAGUUUCGUCGUUUGUUGUGCUCGUGUUUUGUGACAAUAAACUGAAACUUGGUGCCUUGUUAUUAAAUUUCUCACGCUUAAAAAACGUAUUAUUUAUUUCACUUGUGCCUUCAGCAGUGUCCGCAGUUGUUAUGCUUACGAGUUGUUACUCACAGUGAUGAAAGAUCAUUUGGCCUGCGGUUUAUUCCCUGAUUUAGUGAUACUGACCAAGUGAAGUAUUUGGUUGCUUAACGUGUAGUAGUGUCUAUGCAUCCGUCAAAUGAUAAAUUUAGUUAUGGAUUUUAUAUUAGCUUAAAUUAGCCAUGUUACGAAAAGAAAUUUAAGAAAACAAGUAUUAAGGAAUGGAAGGUGUUGUUCAUGACGGCUGGCUGGUUAAAUCCCCGCCUGAGAAAAGGAUAUUUAAAGCGUGCUUAUAGCGUUUUCUUUUUUCAUUUCCUGCCGAGCUUCCUUAGAUGGAACAACCUAUUUCCACUUCCUCUUUUGUAUAUUCACUGAAGUGGAGGCAAAGAUGGUUUGUUCUUCGCCACUCUGGCUUACUUCCAGGGCAGUUUGUUUUAGAAUACUUUACAGACAAUAUGUGCAAAAAAUUAAAAGGAAGAAUUGAUCUAGAUCAGUGUGAACAGGUUGAUGCUGGCUUAACUUUUGAAAGCAAGAAGACUAGUUAUCAGUACAUGUUUGAUAUUAGAACACGUAAAAGGACAUAUUACCUUGUAGCAGAAACAGAAGCAGAAAUGAAUAAAUGGGUUGAAUGUAUUUGUUCUGUAUGUGGACUAAAAAUUCAUAUUGAAGAAGAUUUCCUUGUACCUCAAGAUUCUGCAAAUAACAAUGUCAUCAACUCAACAACUGGAUCUGUUGCGUCAAACUUGACUGAAGUGAAAAGUUCUUCAAAUCCAUAUAUUCCUAUUAGUGAAUGCCAUACUGGUAAGCCUGUUUUGAAUGGGUCUUUGCCAAAUGUUGAUGCAUGCGGAGAUUUGCCAAAAGAACCUCCUCCUCCACCACCACCAACUAAAAUUGACUGGAAUCCUAUAGAUCAUCCUAUUAUUCCAGAUGAAUUUUAUGAUUAUCCAAAGCCACUUAACCAAGGAAAGAUAGAUAUGCAGCAUAUGCCAUUAAAUGUUGUCUCGGAUGAUACCUACAAAGUUCCACUGAAUUUGAAAUCUGAUUUUGAGAAUAAUCAUAAUAGUGACUUAUUCAAAACUUUGCCACCAAAAGUGAACUGGAAUUCUUAUCCAGAUGAAAAUGUUUCUCAAAAUAGUAGUACGAUACCAAGGCGAAAAUCCAAUGUCAAAUGUGAAUUGGCAGAAUAUGAUGUAGUUCCUUCCUUCCAUGGAUCAAUUAAAGAAAUAAAAUUGCAACCAAGAAAAGUGCAAACUUUGGCAAAUCAUUUUGAGAGUAUGUCUUUGAAUUCAGUUGCUGAUACUCAUGCAAGUUCUCAGAAAAGUAAUUCUAAUCAAGUUAGUGAAAUUAGUGACAUACCUCCAAGACCUCCUAAACCAUCUAAACUUAGGGAAAGACAUCGAUAUGAGAAUUUUGAGCUUCCUCACCAAAUCCAUAGGGAAGAGGAUAAAAGUGCCUAUGAUGUGCCUCCUGCUUCCAAAGAGGUUACAUGUAUUAAGCAAAACUCUCAACCACUAAAUCUGUUGAAAAAUGAGAGCGGAGAUGACUUAUCACCAUCUACCAAAGUACCUUUAUCAUCUUCUGCUUCUAAAGAAUCAUAUAUGGAUGAUACUUACGAUUUUCCUAAGUUUCGUAAUGAAGAAAGCAAUAUCAAUACUGCUGUACCACCUCCACAAAAUACCGGGACUUCACAAAGGCCAAGGCGUCAUGCUUAUACAAAUGCACCCCCGGGCCUUUUUAAUAGUAAAGACCUUAUAUUUAAUUAUGAAUAUCGACCAAGCCUUAUGACAGAUGGUUACUUGAGUGGUGAUACUGUGAAAAAUAUGCAUACUGGCAGUGAUGCAGUCACACCACCCAGUCCAUCAGCUAUUGGUGCAUAUGCCAAUGUUCCUACUAGUCCAACAUUAGCUACAAAUUUUCAGAAUGAUUUGCCACCAGCCGUCAACAGAGAGCUUAAACCAAAAAAAGUUUUAAGUAAUGAAGACAGAGGUUCAUUUAGCUUCUUAACACUUCAGCCACCUCCUGUUUGUCGAUCCAGAACAAAAGCUAAUAAAAGAAGCUUUAGAAAACCCAGAGCUGCUCCCAAUCCAACUCCAGGAGGCAGUUUAAAUGGGAUGCCACCUGUACCAAACAGAUUUCGACAUCAUCCUGAAAUGUCAGCCACAUCUGAUGAUGAAAUGUCUAAUUCGAGUGGAAGUCGUAGAAAUUCAUCUAAUGAUGAUCAAACUAGACAUCUCUUUCCAGUGCCUUCCAAAAAAGAAAUUCAGUAUUUGGAUCUUGAUCUGGAUUCAGAACCAUCACCAAGUCCCAAAUCUCCCGAAAGAGUGUCUGAAUCUACAGUCUAUAAGAAAGUGGAUUUUGUAAAAACAAAAGCUUUUAAUGAAAUGAGACAAAAUGUUGAGGAAUCUUACAGAAAAUCUCAAUGAAGCUUUUGAAGAAAAUAUUUAUAAUUGUUUAUAAGUUUGAUGGAAUAUCAUGCUCAAGUGCAUGAUUUGAAGGUGUUAAAGAUCUUCGCACACAAAGACGUUUAAAUUUUGCUAGUCUGCAUUUCAUUGCUGAAAAGUUUCUUAAUGUUUAUAUCAUUGCUAUAUUUUGUACAUAUAGAGCUUGUGAAUAGAAGUAUAUAUUGAUUUUGAAGGUACUUUGAUACCUGAUGAAUUGUAACAGUGCUUUAAAUAGUGGCCUUGUAACAAUUGAUUUUUUUUUCUUUUAAAUCUAGCAUUUAUUUUUCAAUUUUUUAUUUUUUAUUUUCUGUGUUUUAGAGGAAUAUAAUUAUGCUAAAUGAAAUUUGUCUCAUAUUUAUUAUUACAUUCAUACUUUCUUGUUUGUAUUUGAUUAUUUUGCAAACAUGCCUUACUGAAAUCGUGUUUGAAAAAUUAGCAUUCCUCCCCCUUACCUUUCAGUUUAAAAUACGUUUGGAAAAUUGUUCCAUUACCUGCUUUCAGUUCUUUUAAACUGCAUUUGCCUUAAAGAAGCCUUAAUUGAAAAUGCUCACUAUUCUUUAAAUAUUAUAUUAAAGCUACUAUAACUGUGUGAUAUCUGAAGAAUAAAAUAUAUGUAAAUUAUAUACCAUGUCCACACAUUCCUGACCCAGCCUUUAUUUUUGCAAACA